CACAUCUAAAAGACUAAAACGGUUACAGCUGCUAUAUUUUCUUCUUACUGCUUGGAGCAUUUCUUAGAGAAACAAAUAACAAACUUCAUUUCAUUUCAUAUUUCAUAUUUCAUACCGAGCAAAAAGAACUCUAAGACAGUACACUCAACUUUCUCUCGCCUCUUUUCCUACCUAUUUCUUCCCUCCAUCUCUGUCUAAAAUCAAGAACUUGCAAAUCCAAAAUCCUAAUCCGCCAUUGUUAUGGAAAAUUAUUUCUUGUAUUUUCACAUCCAUUGCAUUGCCAUUUCUCAACUAACUCUGCUUUUCUUCUAUGCUUUCCUCUUAUCUUGCGAAUUUCUUCUUUGAAGCUGCUCGUUACUUCUACUAGAGUAUUACUAAUUACUGUAUAUUUCAUCUUUGUAUUCUUCAGUUCUUUGGAUUUUGACGUCUAAUGGAUUCUUUGCUUCUUCGAUAUUUUCUUUUGUUCCUGAUUAUCUCCUGUUCAAUUUCUUCUUUCCAAGCUACUACGGAUUCACUUGACGUUUUGGCGCUUCAAGACAUGUACAUUUCCCUAAAUAAGCCAGGACAAUUAAAGGGAUGGACAACACAAGGCGGAGAUCCCUGCGAGCAAUCAUGGACCGGAGUUGAAUGCUCUGGAUCAUCUGUUAUACAUAUCAAACUUCGCGGACUAGGGCUUGAAGGUCAUCCCGGAGGCCAGCUAUUCAAUCUCCAUAACUUGAAGAUUUUUGAUAUCAGCUUGAAUAACAUCCAAGGACAAAUUCCCGAUAACCUGCCACCCAAUGUGAUUCAAUUGAACUUGUCAUCUAACAAAUUUUUACUGGGUAUUCCACAAUCCCUUUCUUACUUGAGAAACUUGAGACAUCUGAAUUUGAGUCACAACUUGUUAGCAGGGCCAAUUGGAAGUGUAUUCAAAGGUCUUGAAGAAUUGAAGGAGAUGGAUCUAUCAUACAACAAGUUCAGUGGCGAUCUACCAAGCUCUUUUGCGUCUCUGACAAACCUUACCAAGUUGUAUCUGCAAAAUAAUGAGCUAACUGGUUCAGUUGUGUACCUGUCUGACCUUGGCCUCACUGACUUAAACAUCCAAGACAACCAUUUCAGUGGCAUUAUCCCUCAGCAUUUUCAGACCAUCCCAAAUUUAUGGAUGGGAGGCAAUAGAUUCAGUAUUGAGGGUGCUAACGUGACAUGGAAUUUUCCGUUUGACAAGGACCCCAAAGAGCAGAGUAUUAAUAGUCCCCCAAUAUCUGAGUCGAGUGCCAUGGAGAAGAAUCCUUCAGGGGGUAUGCAUCUGAAGAAGAAAAAGGGAAAAUCUAAAGGAAUCAUAGCUUUAGGAGUUGGUGGAGCUGCCUUCUUCAUAGCUCUUCUGGGGUUUGGUAUUGCUCUCCAUCUUAAGCGGCACCCACAAUAUCUGCCUGAUAGAUUGAACAAUAGUAGAUCAAUGCACUCCUUUCCAGAUCAAUCUCCGGGUAGAUAUGAAGAUAUCCUACAUAUCAACCCUACACCUAGGAGCCAGGCUAUACCUGCAGGCCCUAUGUUAACAAAACGCAAAUUGCUGCCAAAUGCAAGACGUUACACAGUUGCUGAACUCAAAUUAGCAACAAGCAACUUCAAGGAAGAUAACUUUCUGGGAGAGGGAUCACUUGGCUCAGUUUACAAAGCGGAGUUACCUGAUGGUCAGGAGCUUGUAGUGAAAAAUAUAAACAUGGUUCCACUCUCUUUCCACGAAGAGGAACAAUUUCUGGAUGUUGUACGCAGCACAUCCCGCUUGCAGCACCCUAAUAUUGUGCGUCUUGUUGGAUAUUGUGUGGAGCAAGGACAACACCUCCUAGUGUAUGAACAUGUACGAGAUCUGACACUUGAUAUAGCUCUGCAUAGUAAACUGUUUCUGCCUCUCACCUGGGACCUCCGUAUCCAGAUUGCUUUCGGUGUAGCACAAGCCUUGGACUACAUGCACACUCUGUCACCUCCAAUUGCACACUGCAACCUCAAAGCAGCCAACAUUAUGCUAGAUGAUGAGCUUAAGCCUCGAGUAUGUGAUGGCGGACUUUCUAUAUUGAAGCCUCUCACCAGCAAUAAUGUGAAAGUUAAGGCCGCUGAGAUUGCCAUUAGCGACUGUGGGUACCUUUCACAAGAACACGGGCAAACAGGACUGGAGACCCUAAAGACCGAUGUAUAUGCCUUUGGUGUCUUGCUUUUAGAACUUCUAACGGGAAGAAAACCAUAUGACAGUACAAGACCAACAGAAGAGCAAUACUUGGUGAAAUGGGCAAUAUGCAGGCUUCAUGAUAAAGGUUCAUUGGAGGAUAUGGUAGAUCCAAGCAUAGGAAGAUCAUUCUCCCCAAAGGCUCUCUCUCGAUGUGCCGACAUCAUAUCAUUAUGUGUGCAGCCUGAGAAAGAAUUUCGACCUCAAAUGUCUGAAAUCGUUGAAGUACUUACCAGAGUCUUGCCAAAGCCAGGGACAGAUGGUGUUGAAGCAGAUGCCUACGAAAAAUCCUUCCGCUCAACUAAUACUCGUUUUAUGAACUCACCUGAGCUCAGCUACCUACCUGUCUAAAUCAGCCAGACCAGGAAUU